GUUAGUAAACCAAUAUGGCCGCGCCCAUAGGAAAGUGCGAAACAAACAUCACAGACAUCCUGGCUUAUCGGGGUUUCAAUGAAUAAUAUAUUCACGGAUCUUGAACAUUCUAUCAGAUUAUUAAAGAGGAAAUAUACGCCGAAAUAUAUACAAACUGUUCCUGCUGACAUGUGACCAAGGUCACUCUCCUGUGAAGAACUGACCACCAACAUGAACGUUCCGCCACUGACCAUCCGCAUCCGGAAUGACCAGGAUCAGGAUAUGGACUGGAUGGUCCAGCCAGACGAAGUCACCUUCAGACAGACUCUGGAAGUGAUCUGCCAGGUGGUACACAGUGGAACAAUAACAGCAUUUGAGUAUGAAGACGAGGAUGGGGAUCACAUCACAGUUCGCAGCGAGGAAGAAAUGAAAGGCAUGAUUGACAAUUAUUUCCGUGAGAUGAGUGAGGAGGACCGAGACCGGGGCCUCUUCCCACCUCUCAUUAUCUUCCCAAAACUUGGGAAGACUGCCCAGAAGAGGAAUCUGUUGGGCCUUAAGAUACAACUCAAUAAGUCGCCAGGCAGCCCCAGUCCAGUCGAUCCAGAGGCUCCAUCCAUCGCAGACCUACCGGGCAACACACCUGUACAGAUGGUUCCCACCAACUCCCCACCUCAGGGGCCAAUUACUGUCACCCCACACACCUCCACACCCCUUCAACCUGGGCCACACCUGUCUCAGAUGGCUGUGAGCACGUCCACUGAGAUGUCCCCGGCAGGCCUCCAACGUGUCCUCACUGAUGGCCACAUUACUGAAGACCAAAUACAGACCAUUGAGUGUCUUGGUGCUGGUGCUGGAGGGAGGGUUUACAGGUCGGUGCAUGUGCCCUCAGGGAAACAGAUUGCUGUCAAGGUGAUACAGGUUGACAUCUCUCCUGAAGUCCAGAAGCAGAUCCUGUGUGAGCUGGAUAUCCUGUACAAGUGCAAUUCCCCAGCAAUCAUCGACUUCUAUGGUGCCUUCUUUGUUGAAAACCGGAUCUCAAUGUGCACCCAGUACAUGGAUGGUGGGUCGUUGGACCGUUACAUGCCGGUUGUGGAACCCGUGCUGGGCAGGAUGGCGGUGUGUAUCCUGGAGGGCCUCAUAUACAUGUGGAACCUGAAGAUCCUUCACAGAGAUAUCAAGCCAAACAAUGUUCUAGUCAACACUCAGGGGGAGGUCAAGCUGUGCGACUUUGGGGUCAGCACACAGCUGGUCAAGUCUAUAGCCACGACCUUUGUGGGGACUAAUGUGUACAUGGCACCGGAGAGGCUCCAAGGGAGCCACUAUGGGAUCCCAGCGGAGGUGUGGAGCCUGGGCAUCACCCUGUUUGAGCUGGCUACAGGAAAGAUACCCUUUCAGUCGUUUAAUCCAGAAAUGAAGCCCUUUGAACUGAUGCAGUGUAUUAUAGAGGAGACACCGUUGAUGUUGUCACAAGAGUUCUUCACUCCCGAGUUUGUCGGCUUUGCAGCAAGCUGUAUGUUGAGGGAUCCAGCUCGCAGACUGACUCCAUCAGAACUUGCAAAUCAUCAGUUUGUACAACGCCAUGCUGACAGUAAUACAGUGAUGAUUGCCGAGUGGGUGCAGGGCUGCUUGCAGCAACGACAACAGCAGCAUGCAGUGUCAUAACAUACUGUCUUCUGUAGGGGUAAUCCUCUGCUUUGGAAUCGAUCACAUUUACAGUUGGAACAACGUGUUUUCUGUCAAAUGACCAUCUCCAAAAUGCCCAGACAAUCAAUCAGUCACUUCCAUCUGUGUCAUCUUGUACCAAGGAAAAAGAUGUCUGUGAUAUGCCUAGUGAUUGCUUGUGUUGUUGAUGCCUGAGUCAACUUGAUGGGUUUCCAUGAAGAAUGUGUCAUUAGUUGUCUGUGUCUCACAUUAUAAAGAUCUGUCAUGUAAGAGCACUCUCUGUAGCACCAGCCUGUAGCAACAUCAACAUCAACAUCAACAUCAAUAUCAACAUCAGCCUGUAACAGCCUGAGAUGUACAAGAUGGACAUGUGUGUAGUGACUCAUCACAAGCGUACUCCCAAGCGUGUAUGUCUGUGAUAUGGGAAUUGUGCGUCAUGAUCUCAUGGUGUUUUAAAACAGUCCUGCUCUUGCACUAGUUAUGAGACAACACUAGGACAAGCUGGUAUUUAUACAUCAGGAUGUGCAGGGUCAUAAGACUGGUUUUCAGUACUGUAUCGCCCUGGCAACUACCCGUGAAGGUCCGGGUUAGAAUGUACCUUCAGUAACCCAUGCUUGUGGUAAGAGGCAACUUACGGGAUCGGAUGGAAUGGCUCGC